AUGGCAGCUCCUGCAGACAACGCGGUCAAUGCGUCAAGAUGCAUAGAGAAACCCAACCACAGCAGCAUUACUAAUGAGGCUAUCACAGCCGUCGAUCCUGUCGGAUCUAAAGCUUCUGACGAUGACAGCGAGUUCUACGAGGAUCCCAAGGCUGCCCGGCGGCUGCUCAUCAAAUGCGAUAUUCGAUUGAUCCCUAUUCUGGGGUGCCUCUAUCUGGUGUCUUUCUUGGACCGGUCGAACAUUGCCAACGCGCGGUUAUUCGGACUAGAGAAGUCGCUUCAUAUGCCCUCAAAUGGGUUCAACACCUGCCUCUGGAUUUUCUACCUCCCGUUCGUCAUCGUGGAGAUCCCAAGUAACUUAUUCAUGAGCCUGAAUAAGAUCAAGCCAAAUCAGUGGCUUGCCGGUGCGAUGUUAAUUCUGGGUGUUGUAUCAAUGUGCCAAGGACUUACGAGAAGUUAUGGUGGGCUUUUGGUCUGUAGAUUCAUCAUGGGCAUCAUGGAAGCUGCGUUGCCACCGGGGGCCGCUCUUCUAAUUGGCCAAUACUACAAGCGAAGUGAGUUUUACAUCCGCUUCUCAUACUUUAUCUGCUUUGCUCUAUUUGGGAGCGCUUUCAGCGGUCUUCUCGCAUAUGCCAUCGAGCACAUGAACGGAGUUCAAGGCUACGAGGCGUGGCGUUGGGUAUUCAUCCUCGAGGGUCUAUUCACCUUUGCCUUCGGACUCGUUGCGUGGUUCAUAAUUCCCAAAUUUCCGCAGGAGGCGACUUUUCUCACUGAUGAUGAGCGCGCCAUGCUUCUCGCUCGCCUGCGUCACGACCGUGGCAGAGAGAGACUCACCUUCAAAGGCAUCAACUGGCUGCGCGUUUUCACGGACUGGAAGAUCUGGUCCUUCACCUUGAUAUACUUUUGUGCUGACAUGGGUGCUGCAUCCAUUUCAUCCUUCACACCGACCAUCCUCUCUCAGCUUGGCUGGAAUGCCUCGCGAGCGCAAGUGAUGAGCAUUCCCAUCUGGAUGGUCGGCAUCGUCGUCACUCUAUCUACAUCAUACGCCUCCGGAAAGCUCUCUUUGCGCUGGCCUUUCGUGCUUGCUGGCGCUAUAUUCGCUCUCAUCGGUUGGUGCAUCCAAUACGCUCAGGUCCAGCCACCAGCAGUGCGUUACUUCGCGCUGUACAUCAUUGCUUUUGGCUCGUUCCUUCAAUUCCCCAUUCUUAUCGGCUGGCUCAACAGUAACCUACGUGGUCGUCCGCAGCACGCAAUUGCAAGCGCUGUCCAGCUAGGUAUAGGUAACUGCGCAAAUUUCGUAGCGAGCAACGUCUUCAUCACGAAACAGGCGCCCAAAUACCCCACGGGAUUUGCUACAGGUGUUAGCUUCGCGGCACUGGGGACGCUGAGUGUAAUUUUAGUGACCGCUGCACUGGCCUGGCACAAUAGAGUUUUUGAUCGUAAGGACCGGGAUGUAGCUGAGAAUGUGGAAGAUCAGGAAAACAUUAGAUAUGUCCUAUAG